UCUAGAAGUGAAUAACCGCCAAACGUUCAUCUUAAAGAGCCCCCAAAAUAUCCUUGUGAUCAGAAUACGUGUAAAAUUACCCAGGAAACGUUUGUGCCAAGGAACCCUUUCUCUUUUCUCUCUCUCUCUUCCUGAUCCAAUUCUUCUAUUACUUUGGUUGGAUCAAUUAAUUAUUCGGAUUAAUUUCAAAUCGUUUUGGUAUAAAAAAAAAUCAUCUGGGAAGAAUCUCUUCGUUUCUGUGAGAAUUCUUCUCUUUCUUGACGCUUCCGUUUCACAGGAACAAGAGAUUCUUGGCUUACGAAUUUCUUCCGUUUAUUCUCUCUUCGCAUUGGUGUGUGUAAUAAUCUCGUGCCUGUACUUUCUUCAAAGAGAGACAAACAGAGGUAUUCUUGGUAGAUAUACAGAAAUCAAAAUGUUGGGAGAUUUCUUGACCCGUAUUCUCAUAAUGCUUGUGGGAUACGCUUAUCCGGCUUUCGAAUGUUACAAAACUGUUGAAAAGAAUAAAAUUGAGAUUGAACAGCUUCGCUUUUGGUGUCAAUAUUGGAUCAUUGUUGCAAUUCUUACUGUCGCGGAGAGAUUUACAGAUUUUUUCAUUUCAUGGUUGCCUAUGUAUGGCGAAAUGAAGUUAGUAUUCUUCGUGUACUUGUGGUAUCCGAAGACCAAGGGAACUAGCUAUGUGUAUGCAACAUUUUUGAAGCCUUAUUUGUCAAAACAUGAAACCGAAAUCGAUCGGAAAGUGCUGGAACUAAAGGCUAGAGCCUGGGAUAUGUUUAUCUUGUAUUGGCAGAACUUUGCAGCCUAUGGGCAAACUACAUUCUUCCAAAUCCUCCAAUACUUGGCUGCUCAAUCCUCAAAGGCCAAAGAAAACGCUUUUCAGAAGCCAAGUUCCCAAUCAACAGGUGAACCACCAGCACCUCCUUCUCCAAAGGCAACAGAUUCUCCAACUUAUCUUCGAAAACAACCAACCUCGCCAUCAACUGUGCUUAAGCGUUCAGUCUCACAAAGAAGUAAAGCAGAAUCAGUAACAUUACAACAAAAAAAUACAGAAACAGUAGUAGUACACGAGAAGAAUUUGUCAGUGGGCGGCAAGACAUACUCGUCGUCAUCAGAAACAUCAACUAUGACUGAAACUAUAACCAACAAAUUAGAUGACCACCAUCAACAGAACAACGGCACGCGAGAGUCAUCGGGUAUGGACGACACCUUACGUUCAGCAUUGACAAAGCUAAGGCGGUCGAACUCUCGACCUCAGUAGGCAUUUUCAAACAUCCCACAAGGAAGAAACUUUUUUUCUUUUUUCUUUUUUGAAGCAGGGUUCAAAAAAUUAAGAAGUCCACCCUCACAAAAUAGAAAACAAAGAAGGAUGAUUCCACACAGUUUCAGUAUAUUGUAAAAUCUUUUUUUUUUGUUUCCAAAUAUUUUUGUUUGUUUUUUGUAAUACACUGAUCCAUUCAUUCAUAUAAUCAAAGAAUUUUCCUUUUCCAAA